AUGUCUGUCACUAUACAUCUCAGAGCUGAGACCAAGCCCUUGGAGGCAAGAGCUGCAUUGACUCCUACAACCACCAAGCAAUUGUUGGACGCUGGCUUCAACGUUUUCGUGGAGGAGAGUCCCCAGUCAAUCUUUGAGGCAAAGGAAUACGCUGAUGUUGGCGCCUCCAUUGUUCCCGCCGGUUCGUGGAAGGAGGCUCCAAAGGACCGUCUUAUUCUUGGGUUGAAGGAGUUGCCAGAAAAUGAAACGUUUCCAUUGGUUCAUGAGCACAUUCAAUUUGCUCACUGCUACAAGGACCAAGGCGGAUGGCAGGACGUGUUGAAACGUUUCCCUGCUGGCAAGGGAACUUUGUACGACUUGGAGUUUUUGGAGAACGACGAGGGUAGAAGAGUGGCAGCGUUUGGGUUCUACGCUGGCUUUGCUGGGGCCGCCAUAGGUGUGUUGGACUGGGCAUUCAAGCAGACUCACGAUGACUCAGAAAACUUACCUGCGGUGUCUCCAUACCCAAAUGAGACUGCUUUAGUGGAACAUGUGAAGAAGGAAUUGGACGCUGCUGUGGCCAAGACUGGCGGUAGGCUCCCGUCAUGCUUGGUUAUCGGUGCUCUUGGUAGAUGUGGAUCGGGAGCUCUUGAUCUUUUCAGAAAGGUUGGCAUCCCAGAGGACCACUUGCAAAAGUGGGAUAUGGCCGAGACUGCCAAGGGCGGCCCUUUCCAAGAAAUCGCUGAUGCUGAUAUUUUUGUCAACUGCAUCUAUUUGUCCAAGCCAAUCCCUCCUUUCAUCAACUUUGACUUGUUGAAUAAGCCAGACAGAAAGUUGAGGUCUAUUGUGGAUGUCUCUGCUGACACGACAAACCCACACAAUCCUAUUCCUGUUUACACAAUUGCCACGGUCUUUAAUGAUCCUACUGUUCCUGUUGGUACCACCGCUGGUCCUAAAUUGUCCGUAUGCUCGAUCGAUCACUUGCCAAGUUUGUUACCAAGAGAGGCAUCCGAACAGUUUUCCAAGGAUUUAAUGCCUUCCUUGUUGCAGUUGCCUCAGAGAGAUACUGCCCCUGUUUGGACCAGAGCAAAGAAGUUGUUCAACCAUCAUGUGAGCAGGUUGAGCAAUUAA